CGCCCACGCCAACAAAGAUCAAAGUUAUUUAUGUCACAAAGACAUUUUUCCAUUCCGUUUUGGUGUCAUUUCUAACUGACAGCCAAGCAGGAAGGUUCUCUUGUAUUUCUCAAGGUCUUUUAUUGUUUGAAAAAUGGACUGCCGUCGAUUUGUUAACAUCAGGAAAGAUUAUACUGUCUAUAGUGGUUUAAAUGCCUACUACAUUGAGAAUAUUAUGUCAAAAGGACGUUUUGGACUAGUCGCCCGCUGUAAGAAUGUUGAAAGUGAUGAAAUCGUGGCCUUAAAAGUCACUGAACGUUGCUCUCAGAACAUUGGAGAGAAAGAAUCAGAUGUUUUGAGAAAGCUCAGAGAAUUUGACCUGGACAAACUUAAUGUCGUCAGAUUGUAUGAAAAUUUUGAAUACGAAAAACAGGUUUGCAUGGUCUUUGAGAACCUGGACAUUUCUUUAAAUGACUAUAUAAAAAUGAGAAAUUAUGCUCCUAUGGAUGUAAGUGAUAUCAGAGUGGUUGCUAAACAAAUUCUUGUGGCCCUGGAUUUCCUAAAAGGCAUUGGUCUGACGCAUAGAGAUGUUAGACCUGAUAAUAUUAUGCUUGUGGAUCGUGUAUCACAGCCUCUCAGGGUAAAACUAAUCGGUUUCCGUCUGGCUGAAGACACGUCUAAACUGAAUGAGGAUGUCAAACAGCCCGUUGGUUACAGAGCCCCUGAGGUUUUUCUCAAACUUGCGAUGGACGAGGGUGUAGACAUGUGGGGUCUUGGCUGUAGCUUGGCUUUUCUGUACAUUGGCUACCAUUUGUUUCCAACCCAUUGUGAAUAUGAAUGCAUGAGGGUGAUGGUGAGGAUGUUCGGUAAGCCAGAGAAAUAUAUACUGGACAGUGGAGGAGAUGUAGAGUCAUUUUUUUCGCUUGUCUCGCAAAAUCCAUCUUAUUGGCUAUUUAAAAGCCCACAUGAAUACACAAGACAAACAGGGAAGGAGGUUAGACCUCCUGUUGGAGUGUUUCAAUUUGGCUUGAAAUCUAUGGAUAGAAUUCACCACACAAUCUCACCCGAUCCCUUUAAAAAAGACGAUUGGCAGUUGUUCCUAAACCUCCUCAAGGAUAUGCUGCACAUGACCCCCCCAAAAAGGAUCACCCCCAAUGAGGCAUUAAAGCACGACUUCAUUACCAUGAACCAUCUGUCUGGUGCCAGCGAUAGUCCCUAUGUAACUGCGUCCUUUGAGAAAAUGGAAUCCUGCUGUUUUACCUCCAAAGAUGUUUCAGUGUUUUCCGGCAGUCAAAAAAAGUCAAAGUCACCGCCUUCAGACGAGCUCUCUGGUCAGAAGCAAGAAGUCCCAGGGAAAUCAUUUACUAGGACAACUUCUCCUGGCAAUAUUUCCGCUAAGACUGUUGUAGGAGAAACAUAUAUAGCUUUAAGUUCGUGUGGUGCGACUACAAAGUCCCUAAUCCUGGGUGAACUAUGUGGUGAGAAACAAGAAGAACCAGUCAGACUAAACAGCAGGACCAUCACUCCUGAGAGUGUUUCUAGAGUGAGUUUAGAAGGAGACGCAAGAGAUAAACUUAAAUAUGUAACUCCUAUUGGAGUAAGUGCAAAGUCCCCUGAUUUGAGGCUUUUCUCUGGUCAAAACCAAGCAAAACCAAUCAGUUUGAGCAGGACUGCUACACCUGAGAGGAUUUCCAGUGAAAGUCUGAAAGCACACAAGGUUGAUAGUUUUAAGUCUGUAGGUCAAGCAACACAAAUCAGUUUGAAAAGCAAGACCAUCACUUCUGGGACAGUUUCCAGUAGGACUUUAGAAGGAAACACAGAAUCUAAACUUAAGUAUGUAAGUCAUGUUGGAGCGACUGCAGAGUCCCCUGUUUUGACCCAUUUCCCUGGUCAGAAACAAGAAGAACCAGUCAGACUAAACAGCAGGACCAUCACUCCUGAGAGUGUUUCUAGAGUGAGUUUAGAAGGAGACGCAAGAGAUAAACUUAAAUAUGUAACUCCUAAUGGAGCAAGUGCAAAGUCCCCUGAUUUGAGGCCUAUCUCUGGUCAAAACCAAGCAAAACCAAUCAGUUCGAGCAGGACUGCUACACCUGAGAGGAUUUCCAGUGAAAGUCUGAAAGCACACAAGGUUGAUAGUUUUAAGUCUGUAGGUCAAGCAACACAAAUCAGUUUGAGAAGCAAGACCAUCACUUCUGGGACAGUUUCCAGUAGGACUUUAGAAGGAAACACAGAAUCUAAACUUAAGUAUGUAAGUCAUGUUGGAGCGACUGCAGAGUCCCCUGUUUUGACCCAUUUCCCUGGUCAGAAACAAGAAGAACCAGUCAGACUAAACAGCAGGACCAUCACUCCUGAGAGUGUUUCUAGAGUGAGUUUAGAAGGAGACGCAAGAGAUAAACUUAAAUAUGUAACUCCUAAUGGAGCAAGUGCAAAGUCCCCUGAUUUGAGGCCUAUCUCUGGUCAAAACCAAGCAAAACCAAUCAGUUCGAGCAGGAUUGCUACACCUGAGAGGAUUUCCAGUGAAAGUCUGAAAGCACACAAGGUUGAUAGUUUUAAGUCUGUAGGUCAAGCAACACAAAUCAGUUUGAGAAGCAAGACCAUCACUUCUGGGACAGUUUCCAGUAGGACUUUAGAAGGAAACACAGAAUCUAAACUUAAGUAUGUAAGUCAUUUUGGAGCGACUGCAGAGUCCCCUGUUUUGACCCAUUUCCCUGGUCAGAAACAAGAAGAACCAGUCAGACUAAACAGCAGGACCAUCACUCCUGAGAGUGUUUCUAGAGUGAGUUUAGAAGGAGACGCAAUAGAUAAACUUGAAUAUGUAACUCCUAUUGGAGUAAGUGCAAAGUCCCCUGAUUUGAGGCUUUUCUCUGGUCAAAACCAAGCAAAACCAAUCAGUUUGAGCAGGACUGCUACACCUGAGAGGAUUUCCAGUGAAAGUCUGAAAGCACACAAGGUUGAUUGUUUUCAGUCUGUAGGUCAAGCAACACAAAUCAGUUUGAAAAGCAAGACCAUCACUUCUGGGACAGUUUCCAGUAGGACUUUAGAAGGAAACACAGAAUCUAAACUUAAGUAUGUAAGUCAUGUUGGAGCGACUGCAGAGUCCCCUGUUUUGAUCCAUUUCCCUGGUCAGAAACAAGAAGAACCAGUCAGACUAAACAGCAGGACCAUCACUCCUGAGAGUGUUUCUAGAGUGAGUUUAGAAGGAGACGCAAUAGAUAAACUUGAAUAUGUAACUCCUAUUGGAGUAAGUGCAAAGUCCCCUGAUUUGAGGCUUUUCUCUGGUCAAAACCAAGCAAAACCAAUCAGUUUGAGCAGGACUGCUACACCUGAGAGGAUUUCCAGUGAAAGUCUGAAAGCACACAAGGUUGAUUGUUUUCAGUCUGUAGGUCAAGCAACACAAAUCAGUUUGAAAAGCAAGACCAUCACUUCUGGGACAGUUUCCAGUAGGACUUUAGAAGGAAACACAGAAUCUAAACUUAAGUAUGUAAGUCAUGUUGGAGCGACUGCAGAGUCCCCUGUUUUGAUCCAUUUCCCUGGUCAGAAACAAGAAGAACCAGUCAGACUAAACAGCAGGACCAUCACUCCUGAGAGUGUUUCUAGAGUGAGUUUAGAAGGAGACGCAAGAGAUAAACUUAAAUAUGUAACUCCUAAUGGAGCAAGUGCAAAGUCCCCUGAUUUGAGGCCUUUCUCUGGUCAAAACCAAGCAAAACCAAUCAGUUCGAGCAGGACUGCUACACCUGAGAGGAUUUCCAGUGAAAGUCUGAAAGCACACAAGGUUGAUAGUUUUAAGUCUGUAGGUCAAGCAACACAAAUCAGUUUGAGAAGCAAGACCAUCACUUCUGGGACAGUUUCCAGUGGGACUUUAGAAGGAAACACAGAAUCUAAACUUAAGUAUGUAAGUCAUGUUGGAGCGACUGCAGAGUCCCCUGUUUUGACCCAUUUCCCUGGUCAGAAACAAGAAGAACCAGUCAGACUAAACAGCAGGACCAUCACUCCUGAGAGUGUUUCUAGAGUGAGUUUAGAAGGAGACGCAAGAGAUAAACUUAAAUAUGUAACUCCUAAUGGAGCAAGUGCAAAGUCCCCUGAUUUGAGGCCUUUCUCUGGUCAAAACCAAGCAAAACCAAUCAGUUCGAGCAGGACUGCUACACCUGAGAGGAUUUUCAGUGAAAGUCUGAAAGCACACAAGGUUGAUAGUUUUAAGUCUGUAGGUCAAGCAACACAAAUCAGUUUGAGAAGCAAGACCAUCACUUCUGGGACAGUUUCCAGUAGGACUUUAGAAGGAAACACAGAAUCUAAACUUAAGUAUGUAAGUCAUGUUGGAGCGACUGCAGAGUCCCCUGUUUUGACCCAUUUCCCUGGUCAGAAACAAGAAGAACCAGUCAGACUAAACAGCAGGACCAUCACUCCUGAGAGUGUUUCUAGAGUGAGUUUAGAAGGAGACGCAAGAGAUAAACUUAAAUAUGUAACUCCUAAUGGAGUAAGUGCAAAGUCCCCUGAUAUGAGGCCUAUCUCUGGUCAAAACCAAGCAAAACCAAUCAGUUCGAGCAGGACUGCUACACCUGAGAGGAUUUCCAGUGAAAGUCUGAAAGCACACAAGGUUGAUUGUUUUAAGUCUGUCAAUCCAGCUGGAGAAAGUUUAACCUAUCCACUCUCAAAAGAUAUUUGUAAUCAAAUACAAGAAAUACCGACCAGAUCAAACAAAAAAACAGCCACUUUUCUCAUUAAUUCUCCUCCCACUAAAGCUGUAAAAACCAAAAAUAACAAUGAAGUUAAAACAUUAAGUCCAGUCGGUACCGUUAUACACAACAAGUUCCAAGUCUCAGCUGAAGUCUCUGUUAAGAAACCCACUGACAUCAAACAAUCAGACAACUUGGACAGAGCCAGACCUCCAACUUUUGUGACUGAUCCUAUCACAAAGAAAAAAACAUUUGCUACAAGCUCAGAGAACGAAGCAGGUGGCUUUGUCGAGGUUAAAACAAAAAAUACAUGUUUUAGGAGGUUGAGGAGCUUUUUCUCAAGAAUAUUCUAACCUUUUAAGUGCUGAUGUUCUGAGUUUCUGUAACACUGUCAGCAUCUCUGCCACAACACAACCUCUUUCAGUAUUUUAACCUCCUCUCUGUGUGAGGUUUAUUCAUAGGUUUGAUCUGAAUUAUGAGUGAAGCCCAAACACACUCCAAGAAGUAAUAUUCAGAUGUUUAUAUGUGGAUAAUUAAAAGAAUUGCAGGAAAUUGCAGAGGUUGGCUCCCAGCCAGGGUCUUUCUACAAACCUGGGAUGUUCUUCCUGUGCAGGCAAAAGAAAAACAUGAGUGCUUAUUUUUUACCGCACCCCCACAACAAAAUUAUGCAGCAUUACCAUUCAAUGUUAUCUAUGUUUGAGAACCAAAGUCUAUCUUGAGAAACCUGGAAAUGAGUUUAAUAAAGUUAGCCUUAGAACUAACUACAAACAAUCACAACGCAAGAUCAGAAAAAACAUUAUUUUAAUAAAGUAAUAUAAAGAAUGAUUUGCUAAAUAAAAAACAAACUUCUGGAUAAUUAAUUCUCAAUGUUGUUUAAUGAGCUGCCUUUAUUUAGUUAAAUAAUAUUUAAGGAAAUAUUAUCUGGAAUGGGAAUCAACAACCUUCCUGUGCCACCCUGUAACUGUUUAGGAUGAUUAUUGCAAAGACAUCAUGAGCAUGUAGUCUGAUGCUUGUAUUAAUUAAUUAUGUUCAGAGAUGCAUUUAAUGCAGCCUCAAACGGAUCACAGUGUUCUGGGUCCUAUUUGUGCCGGUCCCAACCCCGGAUUAAUGCAGAGGAAGGGCGACCGGCCUAAAUCUUUUGCCACAUGUACGAUACGUGGCAGAAAUAUUAGAAACCGUUUCGAACCCCCUCCCCCGCCCAAUAAAGCACUUGAAAACAUUUAUUUAUCGUUUACAGAUUUAUUGAACGACGUGUUAACAGUGGGUUUACAUAUUUAAACAGCAGCACAUAGGCAUUCAAUGCAAUAGUCCGUCCAACUGUGUUCAUACAAACAAAUAUAUUAUAUUUUCUCUGUCAAUGCAACCAAAAUAAUAUCCCGUGAAGUUUACAAUCUCUCAUGUAUUGGGGGGUCCAAUGUUGGACCCAAAGUUACGCCCUUGCCCACACAUCUGUGAACAAAACAUGAGCUUCAGUCUUUAGCUGUUGACUGCAGAAACAUUACGGGGAUGAAUAAGCUGCUUUUUUUUAAACAAAUGUUAUUCUAUAAUAAUACUUUAUUAUAUUACAGCAUAGAAUUUAUUCUGGACAUCUGACUGUGCUUCGUACACAUUGCUGUCAGCUCUGUUGUGCAACAGAGAAAACAAAUGCAAUCAGAGCCUGUUUGAUUAUUAUCAAAAUGCAGAAAUUGAAGAGUAAGCAGUUGUGCUUUUGGAGUUUAAACAAAUAUCACUAAUUUAAUAGGACCUAGUUUAUGUUUAGCGCUGCUUAGGUCUGUGUGGCGCAUAUGCAAGUACACCAACGUUAAGCAGCACUAACAUUAGCCUUCUGUUAUUCGGGGCAUUCAUUCCGAACGCUUGCAACGAGACCGCCAUGUUGGCUGUUGAC